AUGUCAAUCAUUGGUGGUCUAGUCUCUAAACCAGAUGUACCAAAAGCGUUGGUUGCAUUGGGAAACCCAAUGACUGUAUGCAUCAUCGGAUGUCGGAUUCUGCUAAAUUUGAAAGAAGCAGGAGAGAGAGAUGCGAAUGGUGGGACGCUGGACAGGAUUUCGUCUGUCUGCAAAAUCAAGCCACUGAUGUCGACGUUUGACUCGCUCGUCGCGGACCUCACCCGCGACGCGUAUCGUGUACAACCAAAGGACGCCCUCCAAUUCUGUGCAAACUGGUUCCAAACACGUCUUGAAGAACAACCAACGUGCACACACACGCGAUAUUUUAUCACGUGGUACGUCUGCAUCUAUCUCACGCGAAUAGACAAGCCCAUAGGAACGUUAUUGAUGUUCUAUCCAUGCGCGUGGCCAAUAUCUAUGGCUGCAUACGCGUUGCAGACUCCAAUCAAUAUCCCGUUGGCAUAUACUGGACUGUUUGGGCUGGGUGCACUCAUUAUGCGAGGUGCGGGGUGUACGAUUAAUGAUAUGUGGGCUAGGCAUUUGGACAAGGCAGUCAAGAGAACGAAGGAGAGACCACUUGCAAGGAGUGAUAUAAUACCUACUCAAGCACUCCAGGUUCCUUGGCCCUCAACUCACUGCAGGAUUGGGUGUGCUCCUCCAACUAAAUUGGCACAGUAUACUUCUUGGUGCAUCGUCCUUCUCUGUUAUCACUGUUUACCCAUUCAUGAAGAGGGUAACGUACUAGCGUCAAGCAGUCCUCAGCUCGCCUUCAACUGGGGUGCUCUUCUUGGCUGGUCUGCGGUUGCUGGUUCCGUGAACUGGGGCAUUGCGCUUCCGCUGUAUGCAGGCGGAAUCUGCUGGACUCUGGUGUAUGACAGAAUUUACGCACACCAGGACAAGACGGACGACCGCACUUCACUCUCAUUAAUUACAUGUGCCAGCUACCUAAAUGCACACGGUGCUUUGUAUUACGCGGGUGUUGGACUUGCAGGGGUACAGUUAGCUCGCCAAGCUGCUGGCGGGAAUUUGAUAGUUUUGGAUGAGCGGGAUUCUGUGUGUAUGGCUGCUUUGGCGGAUUUCCUUGCGCUUGGGACGGGGUUUUGGUAA